AUGGACGGGCAAAUGAACCCGCAGCAGAGCAGUGGCACGCGGCAUUCGCCGUCGUUGCAGCAGAGCACUGCAAAGGCGGCAGGUAAUCUUUCCGAGGGACUAGACAUGUUUGACAUUCAGUUGCAAAACGACUGUGCCAACGUACCGGGCUCCUUCAUGGGCGGUCUUGGCGGGAAUGCGGCCACGGUGGGUCUUUCACCCUCACCACCCGUGACGCUUUCAGCGGCCAUGUUCUCGUCGAUCGCCACCGCGACGCACGGUCUCGCCUCCACGAUGAGCAACUCGCAGACGGCACGUCGCAUGGUGCAGGAAGUGGCGCAGGUAAUCCUCCGCUUCAUCUCCACCCCCGACGAGCCGCAGCCGGAAAACUUGACGGAUGAAUACGGGCGCCAGUUGAUUCUGCAAUUUGCUGACGAACUGCAGCGAUCGGCAGCAGCCCUUACGACGGGGAUGACAAGUGGUGGGGGCGAUGGGCGACUGACCAUCGACAAGGAGGUUGUGCUGUCCCUCAAAAACGGUAGGGAGGGUUUGCCGCCGCCGGGGGCGGAUGUGGCGCGUCCACACCACCCGUACACCGGUUACUUCAGCACAAUGAACAGCUCUAGCCCGCGGCUGACGACACAACCGCUGUGGCGCGGCACCCCGCCAAACUUUUCGAACGGUCUCCACAGCAGCAACAGCGCCAGCGGCAACACAAACGCCACCACCACCGCCACCAUCAUUAACAACAACGGCAAUGCACGUGGCAGCCAUGGUGCUACAGAGAGUUUCAGCCCCGCUGGCGUGGGAACAACAGUACAUCCGCAGGCAAAUUUGACCACGCCGUCGUUGAGCAAACGCGUGGGUGGAGGAGACGUCUUUCGCCCGCGGCCGCAGCACCCAAAGAGUGGAAGCCGCACGCUCAUGGCCCACCGCCGUGUUGUGACAAGCACGAAGAAGGUGCUCCGUUCGGCUAGCUCCGCCUUCUCUGAGUGCUCCGCGGGUGAGACGGGUGAGGUGAGCAGCUCCAUGUCACGUACAACGGUUGGAACAAGCGCGUUGGCAAAGUAA